UUGCUCAAUGAGAGAGAUCCCCUUUGCCCCUCCUCUGUUUUUCUUCCUUGGCAGCAGAUGAAGCAGCCUCAGAGCCAGCUUUGAUUUUCGGGAAGCCAGCUGACCUUUCUCCUCAGCUCUCCGUCAGUCCCUGUCCCUAAGGUGGACAUCAUGAACCCGUUCAUGGUUCUCCUUUGCUUGCUGCCCCUGUACCCAGGCUCCUGUGUGGCUGCUCCCUCCUGCCCUCGGAAUGUGAAUAUCUCUGGGGGCACCUUCACCCUCAGCCACGGCUGGGACCCCGGCAGCAUCCUCACUUACUCCUGCCCCCUGGGCUACUACCCGGUCCCUGCGACGCGGCAGUGCAAGCUGAAUGGGCAGUGGCAGAGCUUCCCCAGAUCCAGCCGGCUGACCAAGGCAGUCUGCAAACCCGUUCGCUGUCCAGCCCCCGUGUCCUUUGAGAACGGCAUGUACACCCCACGCCUGGGCUCUCAUCCUGUGGGCGGCAACCUGAGCUUCCAUUGUGAGGACGGCUUCGUGCUGCGGGGCUCGGCCGUGCGGCAGUGUCGCCCCAACGGCAUGUGGGAUGGGGAGACGGCCGUGUGUGACAACGGCGCUGGCCAUUGCCCCAACCCCGGCAUUUCAGUGGGUGCUGUACGGACAGGGUCCCGCUUUGGCCUUGGGGACAAGGUCAGCUACCGCUGUUCCUCUGGCCUGGUGCUCACAGGGUCUGCGGAGAGGGAGUGCCAGGGCAACGGGGUCUGGAGCGGGACAGAGCCCAUCUGCCGCCAGCCCUACUCCUAUGACUUUCCUGAAGACGUGGCCCCGGCCCUGGGCACAUCCUUUUCCCAUCUGCUGGGAGCCACCAACCCCACACAGCGGAAGACGGAAAAUGUGGGGCGAAAAAUCCACAUCCAGCGCUCCGGUCACCUGAAUCUCUACCUGCUCCUCGAUGCCUCUCAGAGUGUGACCAAAAAGGAUUUUCAGACCUUCAAGGACAGCGCCAUCCUUAUGCUUGACAGGAUCUUCAGCUUUGAGAUCAGAGUUAGUGUUGCCAUUAUCACCUUUGCAUCAAAGCCCAAAGUCAUCAUGUCUGUGACGAGCGACAAAUCCCAGGAUGCGAUGGAGGUGCUGAGUAGUCUGGAGCAGGCCAAGUAUGAAGAUCAUAGAAAUGGGACUGGGACUAAUACAUACGAGGCCCUGAAUGAAGUUUAUUUGAUGAUGAAUAACCAGAAGGAACGCCUUGGUAUGAAAACAGCGGCCUGGCAGGAAAUCCGACAUGCCAUCAUUCUUCUGACUGAUGGAAAGUCCAACAUGGGUGGCUCUCCCAAGCUGGCUGUUGACAAUAUCAAAGAGCUUCUGGACAUCAAACGGAAGGGGAGUGACUACCUGGACAUCUAUGCCAUUGGGGUGGGCGAGAUGGACGUGGACCAGAAAGAACUGAAUGACCUGGCCUCCAAGAAGGAUGGAGAGAGACACGCGUUCGUUCUGAAGGACACACAGGCUGUGCGCCAGGUCUUUGAGCACAUGCUGGAUGUCUCCAAGCUCACAGAUGUCAUCUGUGGGGUGGGGAACAUGUCCACCAACGCCUCCGACCAGGAAAGGACUCCUUGGCAUGUCACUAUCAAGCCCCAGGGUCAGGCCACCUGCCGGGGGACCCUCAUCUCUGACCAGUGGGUCCUCACUGCUGCCCACUGCCUGCGUGAUAACGAGGACCACAGCCUGUGGCGGGUCAGUGUGGGGGACCCCAACUCCCGUAAUGGCCGAGAGUUCCAGGUUGAGAAGAAAGUGAUCCCUUCGGGGUUCAAUGUCCGAGCCAAGGAGGCCCAGGGGAUCCGGGAGUUUUACGGUGAUGAUAUUGCCCUGCUGAAGCUGGCGAAGAAAGUGACGAUGUCCACCCAUGCUAGGCCCAUCUGCCUCCCCUGCACAGUGGGGGCCAAUCUCGCUCUGCGGAGACCCCUGCGCAGCACCUGCCAAGACCAUGAGAAAGACCUUCUGAACCAGCUGAGCGUUCCUGCUCACUUUGUGGCCCUGGACGGGAAACCACUGAACAUUCGCCUCAAGACGGGGUCAGAGUGGACGAGCUGUAUCCAGCCGGUCUCCAAAGACAAGAUCUGGUUUCCCAACUUGACAGAUGUCAGUGAGGUGGUGACAGACCAGUUCCUUUGCAGUGGGAGCGAGAGAACGGAGGAUCAUCCGUGCAGGGGAGAAUCCGGCGGGGGCGUUUACCUCGAGAAGAAAUUCCGCUUUUUUCAGGUGGGCCUGGUGAGCUGGGGUCUCUAUAACCCCUGUGAAAACAGCAAGAGAAACCCCAACAAGAAGGUCCCGGCUUCCAGGAUCCCGCGAGAUUUCCACAUCAACCUCUUCCGCCUGCAGCCCUGGCUGAGGCAGCACCUGGCGGGGGUCCUGAACUUCCUGCCCCUGUGAUGGACAGGCUGGCACUGCUGCUGGCCAGCCUCUGCCUCCCUGUCCCCAGCUCUGCACUUCCACUCUCAUUCUCAGCCCCGUGUCCACCCCUGCCUCCAGGAUGCCGGGGGCACCCCCGUGGCUGCCAACCACCCCUCCCUACCUCCCUUGACUCUUUCCUUUCUUUCACUUUCAUAGAGAAUUUCCCAGUUACGAAACGAAUAAAAAUCACAGAUUUCCA